CAUCCUCCGCCGCCCGCGCACCUCUCCGCGCCGGCCCCGCUCCGCGGCUCGGCCCUCGGCUGCGUUCGGCUCCCGCAGGCUCUCGGCCCGACGUCCCUCGGUCCCCGCCUCGCCGUCCGUCCGUCCAGGAGGAGCCAUGGCCGGGCCCACUGCCCACGUGGCCCCCAUGCUGUUCCUUGCCCUCCUGGCGCUUCUGGAGCUGAGCCUGGUGGGCUCCCUAGGCCCCGGAAGCCCCGCUCGAAGCCUCCCUGAGAAUCACAUCAGCCUCCCGGGCCCGGCCCUGCGGACGCCUCCGGCCAGCCACCACCCCCGGCGGGGCCUGGGCAAGAAGGAGCGGGGGCCGGGCAUGCCUGGCCGGGCCCAGGAUGGCGCUGCCGUCACCUCCACCAGGCAGGCCUCCAGGCUGCCCGGGGCAGGGGGCCCGCUGCAGGACAAGAGUCUGCUCCUGGGGCUGGCCCUGCCCCACCCUGAGCAGGAGAGCCGGUCUCCGGGGAAGAGACGCAGCAGGGAGCACAGGAGACGCAGGGAGAGGUUGAAGCUGCACAGAGGCCGAGCCGUGGUCCGAGGCCCCAGCUCCCUGAUGAAGAAGGCGGAGCUCCCCGAAGACCAGGCGCUGGACGCUGCCAUGGAGGAGUCGUCCACUAGCCUGGCCCCUACCCUACUCUACCUCAGCACCUCGGAGGCAGCGCCUGCCACGGAGGAGCCCCUGAUCCUGCCCGUCCCAUCCCUGUGGCCCCAGGCCCAGCCCCGGCCUGAGGGGGAGGUGAUGCCCACGCUGGACAUGGCCUUGUUCGACUGGACCGAUUACGAGGACUUAAAGCCCGAGGCCUGGCCCUCCGCCAGAAAGAAAGAGAAGGCCCAGGGUAAACUCUCUGGUGAUGGCAACGAGACGUCCCCAGCCGAAGGGGAGCCGUGCGACCAUCACCACGACUGCCUGCCAGGGACCUGCUGUGACCUGCGGGGGCACCUCUGCACGCCCCACAACCGGGGCCUCAACAACAAGUGCUUCGACGACUGCAUGUGUGCGGAAGGGCUGCGCUGCUACGCCAAGUUCCACCGGAACCGCAGGGUCACCCGGAGGAAGGGGCGCUGUGUGGAGCCCGAGAGGGCCAACGGCGACCAGGGCUCCUUCAUCAACGUCUAGUGGCCCCGGCGGAGGCGCCUCCCGCAGGCCUGGGGACACCCAGCGCUGGAGGUUUGGAGGAGCGACAGUUUGUUUGUAACUGGCAGCGGGAGAGCACACGGAGACCAGAUGUCUGAGGCUGCAGGCUCGGACCCAGGACCCCAUCCAGGAGCUGCAGCCCCAGGAGGGAGCGCUGGGGAUCUGCCUCUGCCCUGGAGCCAGCAGCCCGUCUGCACCCACAGCCCUGGGGGACCCGCAGGGCUGAGCAACCGCCAUGGCAAUGUCGAUAGUGCCCUCUACCGUCCGCCCGCAGCACUGCAGCAGCCUCACGUUGUAAAAGUGAAGAGGUUUUAGCCAUGGAAACUCCCUGAGACAGGGCGCUCAGGGGCAGGAGAUGUACCUCUUAUGCGCUAAAUGCGCAACAUUCGUGCUAAAUGCGAGACAUACGUCAUCCCAUGAUCUUUUCACCGUUUACAGAUGAGGAAACAGAGCCACCGCUGAGCCGUCUGGCCUGCCCAAGGUCCCGGAUCAGUGCUCCUCCAACCUUUUAACCUGUGCACCAGUCCUCUGGGGUCUGGUGCAAGUUCAGAUUCCUGUUCAGUUGAAUCUGCCUUUCCUACAAGCCCAGGGCCUGCCCACGCUGCUGCUCCCGCCCCCCGGCCCCCGGGCCCCAACCACGUCUUGGGGAGCAGAUGUGGAGUUGUGAUCAGAACGUGGCCCAACGCCGUGGGGCUCCCUAGCCCAUAUUCUUGCUCCUUCACGACUGAGAACUCACUGUGGGCUCUCCAGGGCUCUCAGCCAGAGGCGUGUUCCUGCUAGUCCCCUCUCUGGGCGAAGCUGCGGUGGCUGACUGCUCCCCUCCCUCCCUGGACAAACGGGCACCAUCUUGGAAACAGAACCAAAUCCACACUUGGCACCUGCUUGUCUGUACGGCGUGAUUGGGGCUGAUGGGCCCCUGUCCCCCGGGAGCUGGGACAGGCUCCUGCUUACCCAGUCCUGGGACACGUGCCUCGGAGUUGCCCGGCAC